AGAUAUUGCCGAUUACAGUUUGCGUUUGCAAGCGUUGAUAGCGUUUGUUCAAUGUGAAUUGUGUUUGUAAUGGUUUGUUCAAGAAACUUAAAUGUAACUCCAUGAUAUCAUAUGAUAAUCUUGAAUUUUAUGUUAAUUUAGUGAAUACGUGACAGGUUAAAAAAUUGUCCCUACGCAUAGUUUAGGUUAGUAAUCAUUAAACAGUUUUAUGUAGAAAUUAAGCAAAUUCAAUAUUAUUUGACAUGCUAGUAACGAAUUGGCUUAACUUCAUCUUCGGAUAUGUCUGUGCACUAUAAGUUUAAAAGUGCCUUGGAUUAUGACACGGUCACAUUCGACGGUCUGCAUAUAUCAGUAGGAGAUUUGAAAGCUGCUAUUUCUCAGCAGAAAAGGAUUGGAAAAACAUCUGACUUUGAUUUGCAGAUAACUAAUGCUCAAACUAAGGAAGUGUACAGUGAUGAUGGUACUUUAAUUCCUAAAAACACAUCACUCCUAGUGGCCCGAGUACCACUGUCGCAGCAACCUAAGAAACAGUGGGAAGGCUCUAACAACAAUGCGGCAUUGCACAAAGAUGUCUCGGUUAACAAAGGGCUGGCCGAUCUGUCUCGCAUGGAAGGUAGCGAACAGGAUAAGAUAAAUGCUAUGAUUUCUCAGUCCACUUUUGACUACGACCCUAGCAAUUAUCAAAAAAUUAGAGGACAAAAUCAGAGAGGUGUAGUGCCAUCAAAUUAUGUUUGUUACAAAUGCCAGAAACACGGACAUUGGAUUAAAGACUGCCCUAUAGCAAAUUCGACUGAUCCAAUAGAGAUAAGAAGAAGUACUGGAAUUCCUCGUAGUUUUAUGGUCCCAGUUGAUGGACCAAAAGCCCCAGGAGCCAUGAUGACCCCAAGUGGAACUUUUGCUGUGCCUGCCGUUGAUCAUGAGGCGUACCUGGCGUCGGAGAGCGCGGGUGGUCCGGAGGUGGCGGCCAACGCGCCCGCCGCGCCUGAGCCCACCAUCCCCGACGAGCUGAUCUGCAGCCUGUGCCGCGACCUGCUCACCGACGCCGUCAUGAUCCCCUGCUGCGGCAACUCCUUCUGUGACGAGUGUAUAAGAGGAGCGUUGUUGGAAUCUGAGGAUCAUGAAUGCCCAGAUUGUCGCGAAAAGGAAAUCGCGCCUACAACAUUAAUUCCAAAUAGGUUCUUGCGUAAUUCGGUGUCGUCGUUCCGCAACCAGACGGGCUACAGCCGCCGCGCGCCGCACCGCCCGUCCGCCGCGCCGCCUGCCGUCCCGCACUUGGAACAACCGCCACCGGUGGUGCCGAUGCAGCAGCCGCCGCCGAUGGCCAACAACGGCCCGCCAGGCAUGAAACCUCCUGGCAUGGACGAUCCUGCCAACAUGCCAAUGAAUGUCCCUCGAGGUGACGAGCAACGUGCUAGUACUCCCACUAUUGAUGAAGGAAGGGAUCCCAUGGCAUCCCAGGGAUCUUUUAACCGCGGUGGCCCGCCACCAUUCGUCCCAGGGGUACCACCACCGGGACACAGAUUUAACGAUCCUGGGUACGCGCGCGGGCGCCGCGGGCCCCCGGGGCCGGGCCGGCCGCCCUACGGCGAGCGCUUCCCGCCCGAGCCCUACCAGCCGCCGCCGCCCGGCAUCAAGGACGAGCUCAACGGGUCUCGCUCAAUCUCGCGCGGCCGCCUGCGCCGCUCGCCUUGGUCGCCGCGCCGCCGCCGCACCCGAGACAGGUCGCUGUCAUUGACGAGGUCGCCAUCCCCUCGUCGCCGCCACCGGUCCCCGCUGCGGUACCGUUCCCCGCUGCGUUCACCGCUGCGCUCCCCGCCGCGUUCGCCACUGCGCUCGCCGCCUCGGACGCCGCUCCGCUCGCCGCCGCGCUCGCCGCGCCGCUCCCCGCAUCGCUCGCCGCUGCGAUCACCGAUACGCUCUCCUCGUCGGUCGGCGAUGCGUUCGCCGCCGCCUAGAGCGAUAUCGCCUCAUCGGUACCCCGGACUAUACGACGAGCUGCUGUCGCCGCCGCGCCGAAACGUUGAGCCGCAGUACGGACCCAGGUAUGGACCAAGAAACAAUGGACCACCGCCGAUGUACCCUAACAUGGGGCCGAAACCCAUUCCACCAUUAUCGAGUAUUCCUAUUCAGGACCCGCCUCCAGGAUAUCGCGGUCGAUAUGACGGACCGCCUUUCGAAGACAUUCCUCCUGGACUGGAACCUCCAGUGCCUGGAUUUGAACCUUCACCUUUUGAAAAACCACCUUAUGGACCUCCAGGUCCUGGACCUAUUGAUCGUGAGAGAAUGCCGCCAGCUAAUUAUCGAGAUCCUUACAGAGCACCUUUUGUAGAAGGCCCUCCAGGAUACCGGGAUAUGCCGAUGCCUCCUGCGCAAAAUGAAAUUCCUGUUCACGUAGGUGACCCACCUCGAUACCGUGAUAACUAUAGAGGCCCCGGGCCGUACCGUGACCAGGGCCCGAUGCCAUAUAGAGAAGGACAACCAUUUCGUGAAAUGGGCCAGGCCCCACCAUACCGUGAUCCUGGUUUUAGAGGAGGACCGCCGGCACCCUUUAGAGAAAACUUUAGGAAUGCUCCAUUUAGGGAAGGCGUCUUUCGAGAAAAUCCUCCUCACGGCUUUCGUGAAGGUCCUGCACCAUUUAGGCCUCCAAGUGUUGACCCAAGAGAACCACCUCCUGCAAAUUUCCAUGAUCCAGCUUUCCGCGAUGGCUUUAGAGAUGAAAACAACCCGGGAAGAGAAAUGCGUCCUGGUUAUAGACCUGGGGUUCGUAAUAGAGGUCCUUCAAGGCGCAAUCCUAACUUUGAGCAAGAUAGACACCGAGAACCAGAAGGUCGUGAUAGAGAACGCUUUGGCGAUAUUAGAGAUCCAGCAGAACGGUCGCGUGAUAUUGAGAAAAGAGACAGACUCCGUGAAGACAGGCCACGUGAAGAACGUUCUCGUGGUGAUCGACCUCGUGAUCACGAAAGAAACCGAGAAUAUGAAAAAGAGAGAGAGCGUGAGCAUGAUAGAGCAACACCCGAGAAGAAAGUCCGUGGGUCGCCGAAACGUAAUCGUGAUACACGUGAUAAACGUCGAAGUGAAUCGAGAGGUCGCUCUCGUGAUCGAGACCGUGAUGCAAAGCGAGAUAAGAAAGAAGAGAGACUUCGCGAUAAAACGUCAUCCGAAAGAGCCAAAGAGCAUAAAGACAAAGAAAAGAAAUUGAGGGAUAAGGAAAGAAAGAAAAAGAAGAGAGAAAAGGAGAAAGAAAAAGAUACAGACAAAAAGAAAAAACGAGAAAAGAAGGAUAAGAAAGAUAAGGAUAUCGUUAAAAAAGAAGACAAGGAAGAUAAAGAGGAAGACGAAGUAGAAAAAUCUUCUAAUAAAGAUGACGCCGUAGACGACCAAAACAAAACUGAUACUGAUAAUGUUUCCGAUGAAAACAAGAUAAAUAAUGAACUUGGUGAAAACAAUACAGAAGAAAAACUUGACUCUCCAAAAGGAGUUGUAAAAAAUGAACCUCAAAAUGAUUUAUAUGGCGAUGAACCUGCAGAAGCAAUUGACAAAGAAAUCAUUCAAAAUUACGUCAAAACUGAAGAUAAUGAAGGUGUUAAAGAGGAAGUUACUGAAAGUAACGUUGAUCCAGGACUUAAAGAAGAACCUUUUGAUGGAAUUGAAUUACAAGUUACUGCGGAAGAAUUAGAUCUAAAAGCAGAUAUAGAAGGUACAACCGAAAAGGAAAUGUUGGCACCUUUACCUGAACUAUCAAAAUGGGAAGUUGAUGAUGACAAUAACGAAAGAAAAGAACCAGGUGAAAUAACCUCACCCGAUGAAGAAGAUUCCGGUAAAGUAACUUCAGAAGUUUUGAAGCGAGCUGAAAAUGCAAUAUUUGCAAAGGCUAUUCAUUCUCUCAGACCAAUAGAAAUAAAAAAAAUAAGUGGCGAUAGAGCCAAACUUUAUGACGAUAACGCACAGGCGAAAGGUUCCAUGAAUAAUAUUCAAAUUACCGUUCCGGUAGCAGAUCCCGAACAUAGAUCUAUAGAAAUAAAUGAUAAAACCAAGAAGAGAACUUCUAAAACCCCUCCUCCCAGAUUGUCUGUAAAAGAACGAUUGGGAGGCAAAGUAGAUGAUAUUCGUAGAUCAAGGGAACCUCGUGUUGUACAUAGCACAGUUGAACGAGUGAAGUCUCGGUCUAAAACACCUAAAAAGGAACAACCAUAUCGUAGAGUAACCGUUGAUAGAGAUAGAAGCAAAAAACCGGAAUCAGUCGGCAGAAUGGAACCAAAAGGAGAGAAGCCGCGUUUGAUAGCCGACGCUAGAGGGUUGCAAGAGAAAUUUUCAAGUCGUAGUCCAAAUCGUGAUAAAAAACGAAAAGAUGUAGACAGAGGAAGGGAAUCUAAAAAGAUAAAGUCCGAAUCAAGUGUCGAUUCUCGCAGCCAAGAUAAAAGUACGUCGAGUGUCGUAAAAACGACUGCUGAGCGAGAGAGAAAGAAGUCUACCUUGGAUGAGGCGCACUUUGAGCCUGACUACGACGAGACAGUAGAGUCUGAGCACGAAGGAAAAGACGAUGCUGUGGGUAAAAAACGCGAGCGGUCAAUGUCACAAACCGUAACCAGCGAAGUGAAAAAACCUAAACUAGAAGAAGAAACAAUCAAAUUAGAUUUAGCUAAUGUUAAAAAGAAACCUGAUACCGAAAGUGAAUCCUCGAGUGAUUCUGAUACAUCGUCAUCGUCCUCUUCGGAUACCCGUAAACGUAAGAAGAAGAAGAAGCGUAGCAGCAAGAAAAAGAAGAAGCGAGCCGCUAGCGACAGCGAUAGCGAUUCUGACUCCGACUCCGAUGACCACAAGAAAAAGAAAAAGAAACGUAAGCAUAAGAAGAAGUCGAGUAAGAAAAAGAAAAAAACUAAGCAUAAGUAGUUAAGUCCUAGACAGACUUUGACAAAAGUAUAUAAUAGGCAUAUUUGCAUACCUAUCGGUAAAGCUUCGUUUUAACAUUAUGUUCCUUUUAUUUUGUUUCCAAUAAUUAGGAUUUUUAUCGGAUUACCUUUACAAUUUCUAGAGUAGGUACUGCAUAAAUGCACUUCAUAGUCAUGAAAUGUAAUAAACUAAUUAUUUAAUAAUAAACUAUUCUGGUGGUAUCAA